GUAAAGCAUUUUAGCUUUCCCGCCAAGACACCCACCACUCCCAAAUUUCCCGCCAUAUUUUGACUUACCAUUUAAAAGCCCUGACAUCGAUCGAUUAUUCCGUCGACAAUUUGAAGAUUUCAGAAGAAAAAGCUUGUGUUGGGAUAUGGAUACAUCAAGCCCUGCAGUGUUUGUCAAUGCAGAGUUGUUGCGAACGUAUGUAGGGCAGAAGGUUAGGGCUGUGGUUCAAGUUAUUGGAUUUGAUGGAGGCGUUGUGACCGGAAAAUCUGUGGAUGACCAGCAAUUGAUUAUUAAGGGCUCUCCCCCAUCUGUUCCUGUAAUGAACUAUAUUGAGGUGAUUGGCAUUGCUGACAGUAAUCAGUCCAUUCGCGCUGAAAUAUGGACUAACUUCGGUAGCACAUUUGACACACAUUCAUAUAAUCAGUUAUGCCUGCUUGCAAAUGGGGAAUUUAAAAGUCUGUUCCUGUAGGAGGCAAUGGCAAGGUUUAGCUCAAGGUAUGAAGGAAACAAAAGAUAGUCUGAUUUCCUGGGGGGUUGGGUUUUGUAUUUUGUUUAUAGUAGCUUUGUUUUUCUUGUUAUAGUUUUCAUGAAUUUGGCUAUGCUCAGGCCAUUGUUGCAUUAGAACUGAUUAGAAGUUGAAUAUAUGUUCUGUUUGGUUGCUGAGAAGGUGAAUAGAAUAUUUGAUGCCAUAUGGGGUUUGAAACAGGAAUGAAAUUCCAAUGUUUUUCUUCUUUUGCCA